GGUGUUGAGAAACAAAUAGUCACCGUUGCACAGCUUUCUUUAUUGUACAGUAGUAAACAAACCAAUAAUCAUGAAUUACACAAGAAAUUUGCGAUAUUGCAGACGCCAAUUUAUUAAUGUUUAUAACAACAGCUUUAGUACAAGUGUAAUUAAAUCACAAAGUGUGCAACAAGUGGCGCAACCCAAACGAAUUUGUAUUGUGGGCGCUGGUCCAGCAGGAUUCUAUGCGGCGCAAUAUUUACUUAAACAGCUGAGUGAUUGUUCUGUGGACAUCGUCGAGAAGUUGCCGGUGCCUUUUGGAUUGGUGCGCUUUGGUGUUGCACCUGAUCAUCCAGAAGUAAAAAACGUCAUCAAUACGUUUACGAAAACAGCAGAGAAUCCACGAUUACGUUUUUUCGGUAACGUCACCCUCGGCACAUAUGUAACUCUGCAGGAACUACGAGAACGUUACCAUGCCGUGCUGCUCACCUAUGGAGCGGAUCAGGAUCGCGAGCUGGAACUACACAACGAGCAACAGGCGCAUGUCAUAUCGGCGAGAAAGUUUGUGGCUUGGUACAAUGGAUUGCCGGGCGCCGAGCAGCUGCAGCCGGACUUAAGUGGCCGCGAUGUGACGAUUGUUGGUCAAGGAAACGUUGCCGUUGAUGUGGCUCGCAUGCUGCUCAGUCCAAUUGAUAACUUAAAGGUGACAGACACAACAGAGUACGCACUGGAGGCGCUGGCCAACAGCAAGGUGGAGCGAGUGCAUCUGGUGGGACGCCGAGGUCCUUUGCAAGCUGCAUUCACCAUCAAAGAGCUUCGCGAGAUGCUCAAGUUACCGCAAGUGGAGACUCGCUGGCGUGCUGAGGAUUUUACGGGUGUGGAUGCACAGUUGGACAAGCUACAGCGCCCACGCAAGCGACUCACUGAGCUGAUGCUCAAGAGUCUUGGGGAGCAGAGUAGCCGCCAGUCUGGGGACGUCAGCAAGCAGUUUCUGCCCAUCUUUCUGCGAGCGCCCAAAGCGAUUGUCGAGCGUGAAAUGGAAUUUGCAAUUACGGAGCUGCAGGAGAACUCGGCGGUGGCGACCAGUGCAACAGAAAAACUGCCCGCAGAUCUGAUACUACGCAGCAUUGGCUACAAAUCGAGUUGUGCGGAUGCGGGCAUUAAUUUCGAUGCACGACGAGGUCAAGUGUGCAAUGAGCAAGGUCGCGUGUUGCAGGACAAAGAAACAAAGCAAACGGCACCUGGUCUCUAUGUGGCUGGCUGGCUGGGUACUGGACCAACAGGUGUCAUCUUGACCACCAUGAACGGCGCCUUUGCUGUGGCCAAAACCAUUUGCAAUGACAUUGCAGCGAAUGCCUUCGACACAACAUCCCUCAAGCCAGGUUUUGAUCCGAGCAACAAACCUAUUGUGACUUGGGAAGGAUGGCAGCGCAUUGACAAACAUGAAACUGAAGCGGGAAAAGCGAAGGGCAAGCCACGGGAGAAGAUAGUCAGUAUUCCAGAGAUGCUGCGUAUUGCAGGUGUUUAAUAUGUGUGCUAAGAAUCAGGAAUCAUGUUACUCAUGAUGUUU